ACGUGCGAAAAUGAAUGGAUCCGACAUCAAGAAGGCCGCAAUCCAGAAAGCAAAGCAGGUCGCCCACUCUGCAACCAACGCUGCCAACGGCACCAACGGCAAGAAGCGCAGAAAGCAGGAACUGAAACCCAUCGUCACCACCGAACAAGAGGCCGCCUCGGCCACCGCUUCGCCCAUGAGCUACCAAAAAUCCACAACCAGCACCCGUGACCUGGNNAGUCCGACGGGCUCAGAUUCAUCCUCGCUCUCCGGCGACGAGCAAACCGAAAACACGGCCGACGAGGAGGACUCGGAGGACUACUGCAAGGGCGGCUACCACCCCGUCCAGGUCGGCGAAGAAUACAACAAUGGCAAAUACACCGUCGUGCGCAAGCUAGGCUGGGGCCACUUCUCGACCGUCUGGCUCUCGCGCGACAAUGACACGGGCAAGCAUGUCGCACUCAAGGUCGUGCGCUCUGCCGCCCACUAUACCGAAACUGCUCUGGACGAAAUCAAACUGCUUAACAAGGUCGUCCAGGCCAACAUGGAUCACCCCGGCAGGAAACAUGUAGUCAGCUUGCUCGACUCGUUCAACCACAAAGGUCCGCACGGCAUGCACGUCUGUAUGGUCUUUGAGGUUCUGGGCGAGAACCUUCUGGGCCUGAUCAAGCGCUGGAACCACAGAGGCAUUCCCAUGCCUCUCGUCAAACAAAUUACCAAGCAGGUUCUACUGGGCCUCGACUAUCUCCACCGCGAAUGUGGCAUCAUCCACACCGAUCUCAAGCCCGAGAACGUCCUCAUCGAAAUUGGCGACGUCGAGCAGAUUGUCAAGACAUAUGUUCAGGAAGAUCCCAACAAGGCAAAGGACGAACACCGUAACGGCAGAAGGAGGAGAAGAACUCUCAUCACCGGCAGUCAACCCCUCCCUAGUCCCCUCAACGCCAGUUUUAGUCAGACCGACCUGUCGAGCCUCAACAAGCUCAUGGCAGAGCAAGGUAAACCUGUUCCGAUCACGGGCCCAAGCCCCAGUCCGAGUCAAGAUGUUGAAAUGAGUGGUGCUGCAGGCGCAACUUCUCCCACAAAGUCCAUGAAGGAAUCUCUCGGAAUUUCAGACGAGGCGGCACAAAAGGAACGCGAAAAGACUGCGUAUGUUUCCGUCAUCCACUUGGUCGUCGUGCAUCUUCAACUGACCACAAUCGUAGUGNAUAUCCUCGCCAACAACGUCUCUGGUAUCGACCUCUCGUCUUCGACUUCGUCGACCAAGGCAGCAGAAGAAGUAUCAUUCGACACAAUCUCGGUCAAAAUUGCCGAUCUGGGUAACGCAUGUUGGGUUGGGCAUCACUUCACAAACGACAUCCAGACACGACAGUACAGAUCACCAGAGGUCAUUCUUGGUGCAAAGUGGGGUGCUAGCACAGAUGUUUGGAGCAUGGCUUGCAUGUCUGGCACAAAGUACGGCAAAGACGACGAUCACAUCGCUCAGGUCAUCGAACUGCUCGGCACAUUUCCCAAAUCGUUGUGCGUGGGUGGAAAGUGGUCACAGGAAAUUUUCAACCGCAAGGGAGAGUUGCGCAACAUUCACCGUCUACGUCACUGGGCCUUGCCUGAUGUUUUGAGGGAGAAAUACCAUUUCAGCAUCGAGGAGAGCAAGCGCAUCGCCGAAUUCCUGUUACCCAUGCUCGAGCUUCUCCCCGCAGACCGCGCCAACGCUGGAGGCAUGGCUGGCCACGGCUUCCUGGAUGGCACAAAGGGUAUGGAUGGCGUCAAGCUGGAAAUCGAGCCCGGCACCAAGGGCGAGGGCAUUGAUGGAUGGGCCACAGAGAUCAAGAAGCAACGG